AUGUGGAAAUACUUCAACUGGGGAACGAGCACACCACAGAAGGAGACCGCCCCAAGAGGUCUCCCCUCAUCAUGGUAUCGGUCUGAAGCUAUGUAUCAGUUAGAGCGACGCGCCAUAUUCUCCAAAAGAUGGCUUCUUCUCACGCACUCUAGCCGGUUCAACAAACCAGGAGAUUAUCUUUCCUUCACGGUCGCCAACUUAUCCUUCUUCCUCAUCAAAGACCGCGACCAUAAUAUCAAUGGUUUUCACAAUAUCUGCCGUCAUCGCGCAUUCCCUGUCGUCCAGUUCCGCUCCGGAUCAAGUUACAUACUAAGCUGCAAAUAUCACGGCUGGUCCUACGGCCUGAAAGGAAACCUCGCAAAGGCCCCUCGUUUCGAGACAGUCCCAGAAUUCGAUAAAACUCAGCAGGGACUCCACCCAAUAAAUGUCCACAUUGAUAAAGCUGGGUUCAUCUGGGUAAACCUCCAGGCAGGUGAACCGGAUGUGAAAUGGGAGGAGGAGUAUCAACGAAUCGAUGAGCAGCCCCGAAUGCAGGACUUUGACUUUGGGGGAGAAUACAAAUUCGACCAUUACUGGGAAAUGGACGUUAAAGCCAACUGGAAGGGCUUGAUCGAGAACUACAAUGAGUGUUACCACUGCGCAACUUCUCAUCCCCUUAUCAGUGGAGUGUCCGAUUUACCCCGAUAUCGAGUCGAGCCGAACGCCGGAUACAUGGAGCAUCAUAUCUUCAAUAAAGAGCAGAUUGAUAGUCAGUUCCGAAGGGCUAUCACCUAUUUUUUCCCUACCACCUCUAUCACAGUCACGUAA